CGUUAUUUUUGCUGCGAUUUAUUUGCUGAAAUGGAAAUGCUUCCGUCUUAACAACAAUACCUCGACUCUCUCUCUCUCUCGCCAAGGCGCAGCGGUCAUGGCCACCGCCAUGGAAUAUGACGUCAUUCGCCGUUUGUUUUGAUCUCCGAUCUCUGUACUGCAUCAGAGAGAUGUUGGUGAUCGAGUAUUUUGGUUCGGGUUUUUGAUCGAGAGAAGAGAACAAUCCCUCUGUGUUUUUUUUGGUGUAGCUCUCAUGUGGGCCGGUGUUGAAGGAGAGGUCAUGGAUCUGGAUUUGAAUGAAGAACCUUCAGAGUCAGGUAAUGCCAAUGGUCUGAUCGCGGAAAUUGCACCAUGGUUAGAGGACUUAGAAAGGUCGCAUGGGGAAAUUGAAGAGCGCCUCAGGCAGCUUGAAGCCAUAGUCUCUAGAAUCAGGGAACGAGAAACGUCGAGACCAUUAGAAAGAGAAACACCGGCUUUGGUCGUCGAUGAAAACCCAGAGGCCACUGCAGGGUAUAUCCAUGAGCGUUCCAGGAUUGAAAGCUGCACGCUUAGCAAGACCGAUCCAACUUAUUUGAUAGCUAAGGCAUUGGGCAUGGAGAAAACAAAUGCUGUCGCUGGUAGGUACUUCGACUGCAACAUAUGUCUAGAGAGGGCUGAAGAUCCGGUAUUGACUUGUUGCGGGCACUUGUUUUGCUGGUCCUGCUUCUAUCAGUUGCCCUGCUCUUAUUUCAACGCUAAGGAAUGCCCUGUCUGUGAUGGAGAAGUGACUGACAGUGAGGUUAUUCCGAUAUAUGGCAAUGGAGAUGACUGUGAUGGUAAUAUGCCUAAGUCAAAGGAAUCUGGUAUAUUAGUCCCUCCAAGGCCUUCUGCGAAGAGGGUUGAAAGUGUACGCCAAAAUGUCAUCAAUCGGGCAAUCCCAUUUCUUCCAACGCAUGAAACAAUCCAACAAAUGAGAAGGGCUAUUGAUGCAAUAGAACAGCAAUCUCUGCCUCGAGGCUAUGAUAUCGGAAUGGCCAAUCCGAUAACAAAUGGGAACCUGGGAAAUCAACCCCUCGGACCUUUGAGGUUGUUUCCUCCUGCAAUGCCACCAUUUUCUUCUUUCCCAGCAGGUGUUACAGUUGAUUACUUGCAGGAGCCAAUUGAUACUUUUGAUAGUUAUGUGGACUCAAGUAACGUAAGAAGAAACCGGCGGCGAUCUUCUCGCAUUGCUGAUAGAAACUCAUCCCGAAGCAUAGGUGCUACUGAGCCGAACAUCCGAGUCUUAGAUACGACUUCUCGGGUGAUAUCUCUUGUGCCUUUUCCCGUCACGUUACCUGCAGAGUUUGUCGUCACUGAUGCCUCCAUGGAGAUGAGAAACCCAGCUGCCCGUGCUGGGGGAAUGGAUCCUUCACCCUCAGUUCCGUCAGCUUCAUCUUCUAGGAGAAGAACGGAAACUCGAGAUGUUGAUGAUGGACCUCGGACAAGGUACAGAAGGAGAAGGUUGAGAUGAUUGAAAACAAAGAUGCCAAGUCUAUUUCCUGCCCGUUAAAGCAUUGUCUGUAUAAGAUGGUUUAAUGUACAUUCUGCUUACAUGUAGCUUCCUGUGCAUCUGAAAGGUAACUGGUUCCUAUAGAGAACUUCAUGUUCCCGGUGACUUCAUGUACUGUCCAGACAGAGUUUGUAUGUCUUUUUGUCUUGUUCCAUU